AUGCCGGCAAAAAAGGGUGGCUCGUCGCCAUUCUCGAAUUGGGUCAGUGCAUGGCUCGGGACUCUCGUGACGGGGUAUCUCGCGGAUAAGCUGUCCCGCCGAUAUACAAUCAUCCUAGCUGUCGUCGUCUUCAUCAUUGGCGCCAUCGUUCAGGUCACAGCACAGGGACCACCAGCUAUUUACGGGGGUCGGUUCGUUGUCGGUCUGGGCGUUGGUUCCCUCAGUAUGAUUGUGCCUCUGUACAACGCCGAACUUGCUCCCCCUGAAAUUCGUGGAAGCUUGGUCGCAUUGCAACAGCUUUCCAUCGUCUUCGGUAUCCUGAUUUCUUUCUGGAUCGAUUACGGAACCAACUAUAUUGGCGGAACUGGCCCGACCCAAAGCGAGGCUGCAUGGCGGCUUCCCCUGGCCCUCCAAAUUGUUCCAGCACUCGUCCUCGGUGUCGGUACUCUCUUCCUUCCAUUCUCGCCCAGAUGGCUCGUCAAUCAAGGUCGAGAUGAUGAGGCACUUGCUGUCUUGUCCAACACCCGUAAUCUCGCGCCAGAGUCGGAGCUCAUCCGACUUGAAUUCCUUGAGAUCAAGGGUCAAUAUUUGUUCGAAAAGGAGACCUCCGAGACCAAGUAUCCCCAAUGGCAAGAUGGCUCAUUCUCUUCGGACAUGAAACUCGGACUCCACGAGUAUCUCAGUCUAUUAAAGACUCCGACGCUUCGUCGCCGUGUUAUGGUCGCUACUGUCACAAUGUUCUUCCAACAUAUCAACGCCAUUUUGUACUAUGCACCAACUAUCUUCCAAAACCUCGGUCUCACUGGCAACACUAUCUCACUGCUCGCCACUGGAGUCGUCGGUAUUGUGAUGUUCCUGGCAACUAUUCCGGCUGUCCUCUACGUCGAUCAGCUCGGCCGUCGUCCCGUUUUGAUUAGUGGUGCCUUCAUUAUGGCGUUCUGCCACAUUCUCGUCGGCAUCCUUUCUUCUAAAUUCCAAGACUCUUGGCCAAGCCACAAAGCUGCUGGUUGGGUUGCCUGUGUCUUUGUUUGGAUCUUUUCGAUUGCGUUUGGUUACUCCUGGGGACCUUGCGCUUGGAUCAUUGUUUCCGAGAUCUGGCCCCUCUCCGUCCGGGCAAAGGGAGUGUCGAUCGGUGCUUCUUCGAACUGGAUGAACAACUUUAUCAUUGGUCAAGUUACUCCUCCCAUGAUGGAGCAUAUUCGUUAUGGCACAUUCAUCUUCUUCGGAAUCUUCUCCUUCCUCGGAGGAUUGUUCAUCUUUACGAUCCCCGAGACGUCGCGUCUCACUCUCGAGGAGAUGGACACCAUCUUCGGUUCGGAGAGUGUCGCCAAGGAAGACCAAGAGAGACAAGACGCUAUCUACAGAAGGAUUGGUCUGCUCGGUGACCAGACGCCAGAGAAGGGUGCAAGCGAGCAUCAUGAAAAGUCGUCCGAGUGA